UGUGUGGGCGACAUCGCCCCUCGAAGCAUCCGUCCUCCGUGUUGUGCUCUCUCUCUCUCUCUCUCUCUCUCUCUCUCUCUCUCUCUCUCUCUCUCUCUCCAUUGCUCAGUACCACCUCUCUAUUUACGAGAUCUUCCUCUCACCCAAAAGUCUUUUUACGAGAGAUUCGAAAAGAUCACACAGACUAGCUUUUAGGCGCGUGCCUUGCCUGCAAAUUGCUGUGAUCUGCUGAACACUUUGGCUAACCCGCCUUCUGCUCCAUUUUCUAGACAGCCAUGGAAGCAGCAGAUGAGGAGAAGCCCCUGCUUAAUCGACAACCCAAUCCUCAGGAUGUAGGUUCAGAAUAUACCAGCGAUGGAUCAGUCGAUAUCAACAAACAGCCUGCUCUGAAGGGAAGUACAGGCCGUUGGAGGGCAUGCUACAUGAUUUUAGGUGUUGAGUUCUGUGAAUGCGUGGCCUUCUUCGCGAUCUCAAGGAACUUGGUAACCUAUCUUACCACCGUGCUCCAUGAAAGCAAAGUCGCCGCCGCGAGAAAUGUCUCUGCCUGGGUCGGCGCCAGCUUCCUCACGCCGCUCAUCGGAGCCUUCUUGGCCGACACAUACCUGGGAAGAUACUGGACAAUGGUUGCUUCCCUCCCGAUCUACAUCCUUGGAAUGCUGGUCCUCACAGUGUCAGCAUCAGCCCCAACAUCUUCCUACAGCGGCGGCGAGGUUCAUCGCACCAUGGUCUACGCAGGGCUCUACCUCUCCGCGCUCGGUGGCGGCGGCACCAAGCCCUGCACGUCGACCUUCGGGGCCGACCAGUUCGACAGCGCCGACCCGGCGGAGCUGGCGAAGAAGGGCUCCUUCUUCAACUGGUACUACUUCAUGAUCAACCUCAGCUCCCUCCUGUCGAGCACGGUGCUUGUUUGGCUGCAGGACAAUGUCGGGUGGGGGGUCAGCUUCGCGAUCCCGACGGCGCUCUUGGCCUUAGCCCUCGCAGUGUUUGUUGGUGGCUCGACGGUGUACAGGUUUAGAGAACCCACAGUGAGCCCGUUCACCAGCCUCUGCCAGGUGGUCGUCGCGGCCCUCAGCAAGUGGCGUAUGCAGUUGCCCGAGGACGUCUCCCUUUUCUACGAGCUGUCUGAAUCAGGCCACACAAUUCAGCAUACGAGUCAAUUCAGAUUCCUCGACAAGGCUGCCAUUAUGCUGCCCCCCUCAGACAAGGCAUGCGUGGCGCCGCCGACGAGUUCGUGGAAGCUCUGCACGGUGACACAGGUCGAAGAGCUGAAGAUACUGCUGCGGAUGUUCCCCGUCUGGGCAUCUUUCGUGAUCUUCCACGCCGUCACCGGUCAACUAUCGUCGACGUUCAUCGAGCAGGGGAUGGUCAUGGACAACAGUGUCGCCGGAUUCGCCAUCCCACCGGCCUCCCUCUCCAUCUUCGGCGUCUUCAGCGUGCUCAUCUGGGUGCCCGUCUACGAGACCGUGCUGGUGCCGCUCGCCCGGCGCUGCACCGGCAACCACAAGGGCUUCUCACAGACGCAGCGGCUCGGCAUCGGCUUCGCGCUGUCCGCGCUGACCAUGGUCUACUCGGCGAUGCUCGAGACGAAGAGGCUGGCGGUCGCGCGAGCCAGCGGCCUGGCCGGACAGAACGUGCCGGUGCCGAUGAGCAUCCUGUGGCAGGCGCCGUCGCACGUCCUGCACGGCGCGGCGGGGGUCUUCGCGGGCAUCGGCAUGACGGAGUUCUUCUACGACCAGGCCCCGUACGCCAUGAAGAGCCUCUGUGCGGCGCUCGCGCAGCUCUCGAUCGCGUCCGGGUUUUACUUCAACACGGUUGUGCUUGGUGUCGUCGCGGUGGUCACCACGCGUGGCGGGGCGCCUGGGUGGAUCCCGGACAACCUGAACGAAGGGCAUCUGGACUAUUUCUUCUGGAUGAUGGCUGCUCUGAGCUUACUCAACCUUGCGCAGUUUGUGCACUACUCCGUGCGGUGUAGAGAGAAGACAACUUCUUCACCCUGAAUAGUGGACACUUGACACGAGUUUAAAGUUUAAAUCAUUUUCUAUAUACACGAUCGCAACAAAGUUAGCCUCUUCCAUCAUAGUGAUAGAUAAUCAGUGUGGCGUUCCAUGACGUUUUGUGCCAUGUUUAACAGAAGCUCGCGAUAUAUUUUAAUUUAUGGUGUACAUAAUCUCA